AUGCCUUUUGCACGCGGCUCGACUGUGCGCAUGGCCGCCAGCAAUGCAGCGACGCUUCCGAAGCAGGAGACGGGCAUUUCUGCGCUGCUGGAUGCUCAGCCCGAGGCCGACGGCCGCGGCACGCUGGUGGCUGUCCUGGACACAGGCUGCGAUCUCGCGGCGGCCGGCCUCCAGGAGACAAGCGACGGGCGGCCCAAAUAUGUCGAUUUUAUCGACUGCACCGGCGGCGGCGACAUCGACACUUCAAAAAAGGUCAAGCCGGCGGAGGACGGGACGCUCGAGGGCCUCUCCGGCCGGACUCUCAAGCUGGGUGGGUGGGCCGAGGGCGUGGACGAGUUCCGGCUCGGGGCGCUCCGGUUGUAUGGCCUCGGCUCGAUGCCGACCUCGGUGUUGCGCCGCCUGAAGGAGGAGCGCAAGGCGGCGUUUGUGAUGCAGCAUCAGGCUGCGGUGAGCGCGGUGCAGCGCGAACUCGACGGGUUGGCGGACGGCGCGCCCAAGGAGGCAAAGAGGGACCUCGAGCUGCGGCUCGAGCAGUACGACGCGAUGAUGGACGGCUACACGGACCACGGACCGCUGCUCGACGUGCUGCUGUGGCGGCAGCAGCCUUCGGGCGUGUGGCAGGCCGUCAUCGACGUGGACGGCGAGGGCGACCUGAGCGCGGCUGAGCCGAUGGCGCCGUACGCGCACGCGCGGCAGGUUGGCGACAUGGGGCACGGGUCUGCGCUCACGUACUGCGUGCAGGUCUACGACGAGGGCGAGCGGCUCAGCGUCGUGACGGACGCGGGCUCGCACGGGACGCACGUCGCGGGCAUCGUCGCCGCCAACUUUGCUCUCGACUCCGCGCUCAACGGCGUCGCGCCGGGCGCGCAGGUGCUCGCUUGCAAGAUCGGCGACGGCCGGCUCGGCUCGGCAGAGACGGGCACCGGCCUCGUGCGCGCACUGAUCGCCGCCAAGGCGCGCGGCUGCGACCUCAUCAACCUGUCCUACGGCGAGCCGGCGUGGCAGCACGAUUCGGGACGCGUGGCCGAGACGUUCACAGCGGCGGUGCGGAAGUGGGGCAUGUGCGUCUUCACGUCGGCGGGCAACGACGGCCCCGCGCUCUCGUCGCUCGGCUCGCCCGGCGCGCUCUCGGCGCCGAUCUGCGUCGGCGCCUACGUGAGCCCGGCGAUGAUGGCGGAGCAGUACUCGAUGCUGCCGGUCGCCGACGUCUCGGGCGCCUCCUACUCCUUCUCGUCGCGCGGCCCGACGCCGGACGGCUUUAUGCCUUCGCUCUGCGCCCCCGGCGGCGCGAUCGCGCCCGUGCCGCGCCACGCCUUGCAGGGUAAGGCGCAGUACCACGGCACGUCGAUGAGCUCUCCCAACGCGUGCGGCGUCGCCGCGUGCGUGCUCUCGGCGCUCAAGCAGGCGGGGCUCUCCGUCGGCCCGAUCGAGCUGCGGCGCGCGCUGGAGAACUCGGCGCGCCCGAUCGAGAGCGAGCCGUUCGCGCAGGGCGCCGGGCUGAUCAACGCGCCCGCGGCGCUCGCAUGGCUCACAAGCCUCACAGGUGGCCACGAGGCCUCGAAGAGCGUCAUGGACCCGCUGCAGGAGUACCAGUGGAUCGUCGUCUUCGGCGCCAUCGCCGCCAUCUUCACCGCCUUUGUGCGCCGCCCCCGCCCCCGCCCCCCACCGCCCCCGUCCAAGCGCGCCAAAGCGAGACCCGCUCGCCCCCUCGCGCAGGGCAUCGGAGCCAACGACGUCGCCAACGCCUACGCCACCUCGGUGGGCUCCAAGGCGCUCACCAUCAAGCAGGCCUGCUUCCUCGCCGUCAUCUUCGAGUUCGCCGGCGCCGUCCUCGCCGGCUCGUCGGUCGCCGAGACCAUCCGCAAGGGCACCGCCGACUACAAGUGCUACUCGCAGACGUACAUGGACCAGGCGAUCCUGAUGUACGGCAACCUCUGCGUCGUCGGCGCGGUCGGCGUUUGGCUCCUCAUCGCCACCAAGUUCGAGAUGCCCGUCUCGACCACCCACUCCUGCGUCGGCGGCCUCGUCGGCAUGGCCAUCGCCUCCAAGGGCCCCGCCUGCGUCACGUG